AAGACUUUUAUUUUGGUGUGGGUGUGUGCCGUCAUACAAUCGCGCCGUAAUACCGCUUAGCGGUCCAACAAAACAAAAGGACAAAGUGUUCAAACACAGAGGAAAACUCCUGCUGAAGCGACUGAUCUCCACACUGUUAUAAAGAUGGCGUUUAUUAAAGAGGAGAGUGAAGACCUGAAGAUUGAAGACACAUUCACAGUCAAACAUGAAGAUCCAGAGGAACAAACAGAGCCGAUGGUGAUGAAAAAAGAGGCUCAAGAACUGAAUGAAACUGACGAGAAAGAUCAGAAUGAGGAACUCCAAGACUUAGUGACUGAUGAACAACCUUCUAAGAAGAAAAGAAGCUCCCGUAAAAGAGAUGAGAAAAAUCGAUCCGAUGCCGAUUGCACCUGCUGCCAAUGCGGCAAAAGUUUCAGACUAAAGCGCCACCUUCAAGCCCACGUGAAAAUUCACACCUGCGAGAAACUGUUCAUGUGUGAUCAGUGUGGAAAGAGUUUCACUCACCUGCACAGCCUUAAAGCCCACAUGAGACUUCACACUGGAGAGAAGCCUUUCGCCUGCCAACAGUGCGACAUGAGAUUCGUUCAAAAGCAGAAACUCGAGACGCACAUGAGAGUUCACAACAGCGUCCAGCCAUUCGUUUGCCAGCAAUGUGGAAGAAGCUUUACUAUAAAUAAUAAACUUAAAAAGCACAUGAAAAUCCACACCGGAGAGAAACCGUUCCCCUGCCAGCAGUGUGGGAAGAGCUUCGCUGAAAAAGAGCUCCUCAAGGUCCACAUGAGAAUUCACACCGGAGAGAGACCUUACACUUGCAGUCACUGCGGAAAGAGUUUCACGCAGAAGAGCAACCUCAAUUUACACAUACGAUCUCACACCGGAGAGAAGCCCUACCCCUGCACGCACUGUGGCAAAAGCUUCACGUGUAAAAACUAUCUUGAUUGCCACAUGAGGACUCACACUGGAGAGAAGCCGUUUAUAUGUGGUCAUUGUGGAAAGUGUUACGCUCACAGAGAUAGCUACAAAACUCACUUGAAGCUCCACUCUGGAGAACAGGGGUAAUUACAUCUUAAAAAUGGUCCAAUGGAUGAUUAAAUCCCUUCGUUUCAGCAGUUUUAUUCUGUAGUUUUUUUUAAAAGGGGUUUGGCAAAGGGGUGUAUCCAGUUGUGUGGAGGUAGGAAGGAAAGGCUACACCUAUCUGCAUACCACCAAUGCCAAUAGACUCAAAGCUGCUUUCGGUGCUCCAUCUCAGUCAAAUGUCCCCGAACAUCCUUAUGGUGCAGGUCCACUGCAAAUGGACACACUUACAAACCUAAAGGCCCCAAUUUCCCAUUUUUGUUCUGCAUUUGAGGGCAAAAGGAAGUGUGAAGAGGCAGAGUGAUGAUGGUAUGCAGCAUAGAUCUCGAACUCGAUUCCUGGAGGGCCGCAGCUCUGCACAGUUUUGCUCCAACCCUGAUCAAACACAGCUGAUCAAACUAAUCAAGGUGUUUAAGACUACUAGGGACCAUUAAGCAGGUGUGAGUUGGAGGUGGUUGGAGCCAAACUAUGCAGAGCUGCGGCCCUCCAGGAGUUAAGUUUGAGACCAUACAGUUGUCGAACACUUUGAAAUCCCCACGCUGCAGUAGGGAGGGCUGUAAAUGUGUCAUGCUUCUUGCAUGUACUCCUAAACACAAAAAAAAGGACAUCUGGCAAACACCCAUCUUCACAAGAAGCACCAUUACAGACAUCCCAAGUCUCACGGAAGUUCCGCAAAUGCAUAUAGACUCCUGGAUGCUCGCAAACGAAAGAUAAUCUCACGGAAAUCGCACGACUUCUGCCCAUUUCUUAAAUACGUUGCACGUCCCUCUCCAUUGCAUCCCUUCCAGCUCUUCAGGUACGUCACGCACACCCACCCCACGUUGUGUGCAUCUCCCACCAAACCUUCUGUGAAUCAUCUCUGUCUCCCUCGGAAGUUACUUUUCUCAACUUGGGAUGCCUGCCAUUAUAUCAUUGUUAACAAAUGCUUUGCCUAAAACCGCAUACUUCCAUAGUGUAUAUAAUACGCUAAAAACAGUAUGUGAGCCGAGUAGUAUGUCCAAAUUCACAGAAUUCGAAAAACAGUGUGCGAAAAUUACCCGGAUGACCUACUACUAUUUCCAGCGAGAUUCUGAUGGACGCUACGCUAUCCCAUGAUGCAUCGCGAGAGAAUUCAUAAAUGGGAGUGAAUCGACGCAACUGACGCUGUAGGUCAUGUGAUGUAGUACGUCCCAAUUCUAUUCAUACUAUAUAGAACACACUUUUCUAACAGUCGAGUAGUAAAUUCAAAUGUAGUAGGCAAUUUCGGACAUAGCAAAACCCUCCUUUUUGGAUGUUUACACUGAAAUUAUAAUGGCAACACUGUCAAAAAUAUAAGAUGUAUGUGUUUUCAGUUAAAAAAACGACAUUGUCAUGUAAACGAACAGGAAAAUUGCUUAAAAAUUUACAUUUUUGGCUAAUGUCAAGUAAACAGCAUGUAACUAAACUACAUCAACUAGAACACGCUUUCAUUUCUGUGACAUGAUCAUCUCAAUGACGCUUAAGAGGACAUAAUGCGCAUCCUAGUUAGUAAUUCUAGCAAACACAAAUUUAAAGUAAACCCUGUAGUAUAGCCUGUUUCCAACUAAUUUCAAUAAAAAGGCGCUAAGCUCUGUCCCAAAAGUUGCUAAAUGUUGCUAGAGUACAUCCAAGGCUUAAUUUGUGCCGGAACACGCCGGAUCCAGAUCCGGCAUCUCAUUUUACCGAUUCCCCUACUCACCUACCCUCCUACCUCGUACACUGUUCAUUUUCGCUUUGUUCCGCUAAUGCUCUUCACUUUCGUUUCUGCGAUAACCAACCCCCGGCUCUUAACUUACGUCCGCGACACCCCUCCGCUAUCCGACGACACGCUAUCAAUCCCCAACCCAACCUGCAUGCUCUUCGCUUUCGUGCGCAACACCUCUACAUCCUCGAAUAGUUUGCCGGAUCCGUUACCCCAAUCUGUUCCGGUAAUUCGCGAUUCACAAAUUAAGCACUGAUUACAUCAUAUGUCAAUUGGCAUAUUACUGAUGUCAUCACCUUCAACAAUUUUUGUAUGUUACAUUUUUUGCUGUUUGAAUAAAGUAUAUCAGUUUA